AUGGCGGCACUUCCGCCGUCCAAUUUUGGACCCGAAUCGUUGCAGUACUCCACAGAAUCCGACCCGUCUCAAAUGGAAUUCAUGCGCGUUGAAAGUGGCGCCGCUGCCGAAAGCACUAGCACCGGAGAAGGCAACUUCGUGCCCCGCCCCAAGCGCAUCGCAUGUGUUGUCUGUCGGAGAAGGAAACUAAGGUGUGAUGGGAGACGACCAAGUUGUGGGACUUGUUCACGUCUGGGGCAUGAAUGCUCUUACGACGAAGUGCGCAAGAAGAGUGGUCCGAAACGGGGAUAUGUCAAACAGCUUGAAGCCCGAUUAGCUCAAGUAGAGACUCUUCUCAAAGGCCAGGAUCCAGAACCAAUCCAACGAACCUCCCCAUCUCGACCAUUGGAGAAUGCAUUCACAGCACCCAUCGCCGAUGAAUCUAUACUGGACCUGCCUGAGCUCUCGGACCUAGGAGGUAUUGGAGGUAACAUGGAUAACUCCUUCUCAUCUUUGGCAGGCGCAGGUCAACCAAGUCAAAUGUUAUAUCCUUCGCAGCCCACUACUCAGGGUGGAGGCAACCCUCAAUGGGACUUGAUCAGUUUAGGACUGGAGGAGCCUCUUCCUUCACAGGACGUGAUUGAUGAACUGGAAGCUUUAUUCUUUGAGAAAAUCUAUCCAACAAUGCCCAUCAUCCACCGCCCACGUUACUUUGCAGCCCUGACUCUCGCCCCUAAUAUGCGGCCACCGAUCUGCCUGCGAUACAUUAUAUGGUGCAAUGCCGCAUCUGUCAGUGACAAAUACUUCUUUCUGCAUAGUCAUUUCUACCAACGGGCACGCAAAUAUGCCGAGCUGGACGAAAUGAAAGGAUUCGGAGAGAACAUCGUCAGUUUAGCACAUUGCCAAACAUGGAUAUUUAUCGGCACAUACGAAUUCCGAAUGAUCUUCUUCCCACGAGCUUGGCUGAGCGUUGGUAAAGCUGCAAGACUAGCACUGAUGCUGGGGUUGAAUCGGCUUGAUGGUGUUGGUCUCGACGUGAAACAAUCCAUUUUACCACCGAGGGAUUGGACAGAGCGCGAAGAACGCAGAAGAGUCUUCUGGGCCGCAUUUUCCACGGAUAGAUAUUCGAGUGUUGGAACCGGGUGGCCCAUUCUUAUUGAUGAGAACGAUAUCAGGACCAACCUUCCCGCAUCCGAAGAAUCUUUUACCAAGAGCAAGCCACAACGAACACUUCAUCUGAACGACAUCAUCACUGGAGAGGGUGUUGCUACGCUAGCACCUUUUGCAUACGUGGUGGUUUUAGCAAGCCUCUUCGGUCGUAACCUCGUACACAUCCAUCGACCUCAACCCCAAGACAACGAUCAUGACCUCAAUGGAGAGUUUUGGAAGCGCCACAGAAGUCAUGAUAAUAUUCUUCUGCAUAUUUCGCUCUCCUUGCCUGAUCAUCUUCGACUCCCAAGUGGUAUGUCGGACGUGAACGUCAUUUUCGCCAACAUGAGCAUUCAUACUUCCACCAUAUGUCUUCACCAAGCGGCAAUAUUCAAAGCCGAAAAAAAUAAGAUGCCGAAUCAGAUUACGACAGAAAGCAAGCGUAGAUGCCUUGUCGCCGCGAACCAAAUUUCAAGUACCAUGAAGAUGAUCAGCCACGUUGAUUUAACAAAUUUGAAUCCUUUCAUGUCAUUUUGUCUCUAUAUUGCUGCUCGUGUCUUUGUGCAGUAUCUCAAAUCCCGGCCAGAGGACUCUAGUGUUCAGUCCUCAUUGCAAUUUCUCGUCUCCGCUCUGAACGCCAUGAAGAACAAAAACCCUCUAACUGAGUCCUUCCUUGUUCAAUUGGACGUUGAUCUUGACGGAACUGGCAUUCGCGCUUUGAACGAUAGACAGAAAAUGUCUGCUGCACAUUCAAUGGUACAAUCAUACUGCCAUGAAAAUGUCGAAUGUACACCUAUGUACGACGUCCGCCAGUCACAAGGGACCGCGCAUAAUCAGUCUCCUCAAUACAGUAUCAAUCGCGGUAGCAAUCAACAGCCUAUGCCUACCGGUUCGACGACGUCUCUCCCUAGCCGGAACAGGGACUCAGUGACACAGCUUAACGCAGGGUCGGACUUUCAUGGUGAGGAAAUGCGUCAUUUUUCGAGAAAUUCCACUCAAGCCGGACCCCCAGGGGCCAUUAUCGAUAUGGACAUGGAUUUUCCACCUGAUUUUGGCAACCUCAGCGAUAAAAACAACCCACCAUCUGAUCAUCCCACCCCUUCAACCAUGAAUUCAUCCUCCAACACUUCUUAUUCGAUCAGCGGUGCUGACGACCCAUCACCCGGAAACAAGCAUCAAAAGACAAACUCGGUAUAUCCGAGUCAGGGGUCGGCUCCGUCCUUUGACAAGGUCAAUCCAAACAUAAUGUCACAAGGAAACCCAAACCCACAGGCUACUGAUUUGGGUUCCAUGGCUGGUCAGUUUUAUCCAAACAGUUCUGGUAGCCCAUCGCUUCCUACAGGAGCGUCGGGAAUCUUUUCCAUACCCUCUGCGUGGGACCUUCCCAACCCAGACCCAGAAACGGGCAAUGAGGACUUUGGAAAUCUAAACAUGGAUACUUUCAGUGAAGCCCAAUGGGCUCAGAUGCUGAAUAGCCAAAUCCAGAGCGAAAAUGGGACCAACGCUGGCUGGCAGAACUGGCGACCAUCAUGA